UGGUAAACUACAGACUGCAGCCAUUUCAAGAGUUACAGAAAAACCACUUGAGCUGGUAAACUACAGACUGCAGCUAUUUGAAUUGCAAACGUAAGCAAGAAGAUGAACAGAAUGGCAAGAAGUGAUCAUCCAACUCAUUCACAUUUGGUGGAAGAUGAGACAUGGUUCGGACAGCCAGCUGAUCUGAGGAUAGUUCUGUUGGGGAAGACUGGAGCAGGGAAGAGUGCAACCGGAAACACCAUCCUGAGGAGAGAGUGGUUUACUUCUGAGUCAAGUCCAAAUCCAGUGACUGAAAAGUGUGAGAAACAAAGUGGAGUGGUGGAUGGGAGGAAGAUUUAUGUCAUCGACACUCCUGGGAUCGAUGACACAUCAUUGACAGACACAUAUUUGAUUUAUAAAAUAUGGAAACAGUUUCGGAGAACAGAUAAAGUCGAAAUAGAGAAAUCCAUCAAGAUGUCAGUUCCAGGACCCCAUGUGUUUCUGCUGGUGAUCAGACUGGAUAGAUACACAGAGGAGCAAAGAAAAGCAGUGAAGUACAUCCAGGACAACUAUGGAAAAGAGGCCUCAGACUUCACUAUGGUAUUAUUCACUGGUGCUGAUCAGCUGGAUAACACAACAGUAGAGGAGUUUCUGAGGGAGAGUAAGGAUCUUCAGGCACUAGUCAACAGCUGUGGAGGCAGAUAUCAUGUCUUUAACAACAGAGAGCAGAGAGACCGUGCUCAGGUCAGAGAGCUGCUGAGGAAGAUAGACAAUAUGGUGAAGUUGAACAGAUACUACACCAAUGAGGUGUAUGAGAAGGCUCAGAAAGAGAUCAGGAACAGUCAGUUGUUAGAGUUGGGUGUAGGAGUUGCCUGCACAGCUACAGCAGUAGGACUAGGUAUCAAAGCCCCAAACAAGGUUUCCCUUAUAGGGAUAGGAGUAGCAACAGUUAUAGGAGGAGAGAUAGCACCGAUUGUAACCAAGAAGAAGAACAAUAAUUAACUACAGGAUAAGUGUCUGUAAAUAAGCCCUGAAGGAACAACAUGAUUAUUGCUAUAAUGAUUUAUCUUUGUAGGAUUUAUUAUUGAUGAUAUGGUUUAACAUUUACCCAAUUUUGGUUGUCACUGCAUUUAACCAAAUGACUAAAUCAUGCGUUAAAGUUAUUAAGUUAAUUGUAAGAGUUUUACUUUGCAUAAAGGAAGAGACAGUACAUUUGUUCAACAUGGCUUCCAUACCUGAAGCAUCUCUGGUUGUAAUGUAAAGUAAUUGAAUGUGCUGCUCGCUAAUCACAUUUAUUUAUUGUCUUUUGUUAUGUCCUUUUAAACAUGCUGUUAGGUAGUGAUGGGCACUCAUAUGGAACAUCUAUAUCGACGUCAGUUGUAUUGUUUCUAACCUACCCAACCAGUUGUAUUACAAUAUGAAGCUUGUUGAUGGCCAUCAGCAGGCAGCAGUAAGCUAAGUUGAGAGCCUGUGUAAGGGUGUUGUGCCUGUAGGAACAGUGAUGUGUGGUCUUUUACAUACAGUAAUGUUAACAGCAACGAUAAGGCCAUAUCAAGAAAUGCCUUGUCAUAUUGAUAUCAAGUUAUAUCAUAUUGAAUUAUCGAUAUUGAUGCCCACCAUUUCUGUCCUUCUUUACAAAGUUAUUUAUUUAUUUAAAAACUUUGUAAUACUUUUUAGAUUAUUUACAAAAUAGAGAAAUGUAAUAUUUAGUUGAUUCAUUGAAACUGCCCUUAAUGUUGACCUGUAUUGAUUAAACACGGGGCGGCAGGGUAGCCUAGUGGUUAGAGCAUUGGACUAGUAACCGGAAGGUUGCGAGUUCAAACCCCCGAGCUGACAAGGUACAAAUCUGUC